CUUCUCGUGUGAGCGGCUGCCGUGGCUGUCGGUGAGACCGUCCGGGUCUGAAGUGCGGAGGUCCUCGGUGGCCGCGAGGACGUCACCAUGCCUAAAGCAUCAAAGGGGAAAAGUACAGGACAUGAAAAAAAAGUCAUUCAUCCAUACAGUAGAAAAGCAGCUCAAAUCGCAAGAGAGUCCCACAAACAAGAAAAAAAGGAAAAGUUGAAGAAUGAAAAGGCUUUGCGUCUCAAUCUUAUUGGUGAAAAACUGCAGUGGUUUCAAAAUCAUCUUGAUCCCCAAAAAGUGAGAUAUUCUAAGAAAGAUGCUUGUGAAUUAAUUGAAAGAUAUUUAAAUCGAUUCAUCAGUGAGCUGGAGCAGAUUGAGUUGCACAACAGCAUCAAAGACAGGCAGGGAAGGCGGCACUGUUCCCGAGAGACAGUCGUCAAGCAGACCACAGAGCGGGAGCGACAGCAGUAUGAAGGAUACCGCCUUGAGAUUCCAGACAUUCUAAAUGCAAGUAAUCUGAAAACUUUUAGGGAAUGGGAUUUUGAUCUGAAGAAAUUGCCAAACAUUAAAAUGAGAAAAAUUUGUGCUAAUGAUGCAAUUUCCAAGAAGCACAAGAGGAAAAAUGUUAGAACUGUAGACAGAGGUUUAGAGGAACUGGAACUGAAAGAUGAAUCAAGUGACUCAGAUGAGGAAAUGACUGCAGUGGCCUAAUUGUCUUUACUUGAGUUGAAAAAUAAUUUGAAAGCUUCAGGUUACACUCAUUCAUUAUGUUAAAUAAUUGUCUAGAUUAAAGAAUUUGCUAUUUCGCUCAUUUUAUUACAUGAUGAGUAUUCUAUUUGCAGUUUCAAAA